CCUCCGGCCGCCGCGCUGCCACCACGCCGCAGCCAUCCCAUGCCCACCCCGCCGCUCCCGCUUGCGGUGCCGCUGCCGCAAGGAUGAGGAGCACAUAAGCAGACUCGUACCCGUGUCCGGUGGUCCGAUGCCGCCGCCGCUUUCAAGUACCUUGCCUCGCCGUCUCGCCGGCUCGGAUGUGCCGUUGCUGUGCUGCGCGCUGGGCGUGGCUCGCGAGCUGGACCGAGCCAGCCCGAGCUCGAUCCGAGCCUGCUCCGGUGGCUCUCCGGCGACCUCGGGCCAAGCCAAUUCGGCUCGCCGACUCCCGAGCUUUGCCAGCCUCCGCCGCUCCGGCACCCUGAUGGGCUCGCCGCCGUGAAGCCCGGUCCUUGUGCAAGAAUUCACCAUUGCGUGUAAGAGUCCAUAGACCGGACCACACUGGAGGUGCCCCGUCCCUUUUCCAAAAAAAGUACCUCGUCUCCUCCCUAAGUCUCCUCCAGGCUUCCUCUGGAUUUCCAUCCCAUUCAGAAAUAAAUCAAGAGAGAUCGAGAUGGCUGACCAGACCCAAGGUGCGGUCGACUCGCUGGUGGGCCUCCUGUCGACAGCUAUCAAGGAUGAGGCGAAGCUGCUGAGCGGCGUCCAGGGCGACAUGCAGUUCAUCAAGGACGAAAUGGAGAGCAUGAACGGCUUCCUCCUCCACCUCACCAAGACGGACGGUGUGCACGACGACCAGCUCCGCGCCUGGAUGAAGCAGGUCCGCGACAUCGCCUACAUCGCCCAUGACUGCAUUGAGCUCUACAAGCAUGACUUCGCCGACCCGCUCGGCAAGGGCCCCUGGGCCAUCCUCCAAAACCUUCCCACGUAUAUCAGGAGCCUUCCGGCACGCCACCGCCUUGCCAACAGGAUCCGGGAACUUAAGGUCCGCGUGCUUGACGUUGGCAAGAGGCGGCAGCGCUACGACAUCAGCAUCCCUCAAGCAAAGGAGAGCCAGCUGCAGAGUCUGUCCGAGAGCCAAGGUAACCAGGAAGAGAUUAACAAGAUCAGACAAGAAUUUCUACGUGUGUUAGCACUUGACAAGCAGCAGCAGCAGGAGGAGGAAGCUCCUACUUUUGAUGGGCCCAUUGAUCUCCUUCCUGAAGAUCUUAAAUCGGCAGCUACCACAGUACGUGGUGGCCUUGACGAAUGGUUGCAGCUGGAGCACCAAAUUCAGUCGCCAGCCACCACACGCGGGAUCUGCAUGGAGAUGCUCCUCCGCGCUCUUCGGGCUCAUAGAAAAGUCCGAACGGCCAAUACCAAGGAAGAACUGGAGAAACUAGCCAAGGCUCCGGACAGAACAGAUCUUCCAGCUCAAGUGAUGAUCUUCUGCUACAGCAUGUUGUCCAGGAGCUACAAGAGCUGCUUCCAAUACAUGUGUGCUUUCCGUGAUGAGACUGCCAUCAGCAGGACAAGCUUGGUCAGGCGAUGGGUCGCCGAAGGCCUGGUGGAGAAACAAGAUGGUCGUUCUCUCGAGGAAGCAGCGGAGUUGUGCUUCCAAGAGCUCCUCUUCCGAGGCUUCCUUCUUCCUCACCACCGAGGCGAUGCGGGUAAGGUCAAGAGCUGCAAGAUUGACGACACUGUCUGGGAAUUUGCCUACCGUAUGUCCGCAAGUGAGAACUUCGUGAGCAGCCUGCCGACAUACCUCUCCUACCAGCUUCGCAUCCGAAAAUUUGUGAAAGAGCAAGAAAAAGAACUGGAGAAGAACCCACGACCACAGGAGGUGGACAGCCACCGUAGUAUUUGCAGGUUUCGUCGGAGGCCGCGGGAUGACACCAAGGCCAUGGAUGACAUGGUAAGCUUACUCGGAACUCUCCCCCAAGGCUACCGGCUAAACGUGCUGGAUCUUGGGGGAUGCAGGGGUCUAAAGAAGAGACACCUUAAUAGCAUCUGCAACGUGCACUCGCUCAAGUACCUGAGCCUCCGGAACACGGCGGGGGUCUGCCGGCUGCCCCGGGGGAUCAACAAGCUCCGACUGCUGGAAACUCUGGACAUCCGACAAACUGAGUUGCAGCAGCAGGACACGGAGCGCAUUUGCCUCCCCAACCUGAAGCACCUGCUCACCGGCACCAAGAUGACUGACAAUGACAAGGAGCCACUCUACGCGGGGAGUAUUCCUAGCAAGAUCGGGAAGAUGAGAGACAUGGAGAUACUGUCCUGGGUCCAGGUUCAGGAAGCUCAGGAGCUGGAAAACGUUAGCCACCUGCAGCAUCUCAGGAAGCUUGGGGUGGUUCUCGGUGGCAAGGGCAGUGAAGCUCAAGACAACAUGAACAAGCUGCUCCAUGCAAUAACCCAGAUGGAGUACUUACGCUCUCUGUCAAUAUGGGUCACUCCGCCACCCACCAAUGGCAAUAGCGACUCUGCUCUGAAGAUGGAGAUGACAGAACAGCACUUAAUAAUUGCACCAAAAAUACUCCAGAGCCUGCAUAUCAGCGGCAUCAGCUUAGCGCAAACUGGGCUACCUUCCUGGAUCCUCCAGCCCCAACUCUCCGAGAUUACACUGUGUAACACCUGGCUGUCAAAAGAAUCUCUGCAGAAGCUUGGGACCAAUCUCCCUCGUUUGUGCUGCCUUCGGCUCCAUCGCAACUCGUACAAUGACUGCAAGCUCACCUUCAACAAGGAUGGGUUCAAGGCUCUCAAGUUCCUCAUCAUUCAGGGCGACAAGGUCACCACUGUCGAGUUUGAAGAAGAAGGAACAACCCCUCUGCUGGAGAAGAUCGUUUGGCGCAACAUGUCCCUCGACCACAGCGGCUCGUUUUCUGGAAUCCACCACCUUGCAGGGAAGCUGGAAGAGGUGGAGCUCAAGGGCCUCUUCAACGUCGGCUCCAUUGAAGCAUGGAGUGGGUGCAAAGUGAGCUAUGACCUUGAGGUACCUUUUGCAAAGUGAGCUAUGUCCCUCGGUCUCUACUCGCUCGUCUGCCUGAAUGUGUGAAUCUGUACGUGUGUGCCUGAAUAUGUGAAUCUGUACGUGUGUGCCUGAAUAUGUGUGUGAAUCUGUACGUGUCUGCCUGAAUAUUUGUGGAUCCUAAUUUGUAUUGCUCCAUACCAGUUUUUAUUGGAAACCAUUUUUCACAUGCAAAAUCAAACGAUGUUGUAGUCA